AUUUGUCAAAUGUCUUCAGACGACCGCGGAGUCUUAAUGGCAACAGGAACAGGAGAAUCAGAAUAAUGCACUAAAAAGGAAUCUGGAGUUUUCCUUCUCCUGCACGCCAGCAAGCAUUGAAGUGGGUGUGAGGCCAAGCAUAGUUUGGUUGAGAAACAUUGAUAUCGUUUUCAAUUUGCACGCUGUAACUUCACUGAAGCAAUGGAAGUUUCAAGCAAUGAAGACACAGAACAGAGCGAUACGUCAGUGGCUUCAUCGACCAGCAUCCAUUCCAUGGAUAACGGGAAUCGGUCGAGGGCAUUGAAAGAUCCAAGGAUCAUAGCUAGAAGCUAUCAAUUAGAGCUUUGUAAGAAGGCUCUAAAGGAGAAUGUAAUUGUGUACUUGGGGACGGGUUGCGGGAAGACUCAUAUCGCAGUGCUGCUUAUGUAUGAGCUCCGUCACCUGAUCAGUAAACCUAAGAAAAACGUCUGUGUUUUUCUUGCACCUACGGUACCUCUGGUUCGGCAGCAAGCGAAGGUCAUUGAGGACUCCAUUAAUUUCAAGGUUGGUAGCUAUUUUGGCAACUCAAGGCGUUUGAAGAGCCACCUUGAAUGGGAAAAGGAGACUGAGCAGUAUGAGGUACUUGUUAUGACCCCUCAAAUACUUAUCCGCAAUUUACAUCAUUGCUUCAUGCGAAUGGAGCUAAUUGAACUUUUGAUAUUUGAUGAAUGUCAUCAUGCACAAGCUACAAGCAGUCAUCCUUAUGCACAAAUCAUGAAGGAGUUCUAUUAUGCUACUUCCAUGAAACGCCCACGUAUAUUUGGUAUGACUGCAUCUCCUGUUGUAGGGAAAGGUGCAUCAGAUCAAGUUAAUUUACCAAAAUGCAUCAAUAGUCUUGAGAAGUUACUUGAUGCAAAGGUUUAUUCUGUUGAAGAUGAAGAACUAGAAAAUUUCGUGGCAUCACCAAAAGUAAAAGUUUAUUAUUAUGGUCCUGGCAUCUAUAGUAUUUCAAGCUGUAGUUUUACUUGCUCCAAAAAACUUGAGGAGAUAAGAAGCCAGUGCAUAUCAUCUCUGAGCCAGAACACUGGUGAUCGUUGGCAGAUCAGGAAAAACAAGAAGUUGCUAAGGAAGUUGCAUGAAAAUAUGAUAUUUUGUCUACAGAAUCUUGGUCUUUGGGGAGCCAAACAAGCUGCUUCCGUCCUGCUAAGUGGUGAUCGCUUUGAGUGGAACGAAUUGACCGAGACAGAAGACAAUUCUUGUAACAAGUCUGUAGCUGAUCAAUAUUUAAGUCAAACUACUUUGGUGUUUGAUUCUUAUUUCAACAAGGAUGGCAUGGGAUCUGACUCAUCUUGUCUGGAGGCUUUAAAGGAGCCAUUUUUCUCGGAAAAGCUAUUGGCUCUUCUUGAAAUUCUUUCCAACUAUAGGUUACAGGAAAAUAUGAAAUGUAUAGUUUUCGUUAAUAGGAUUAUUGUUGCAAGAUCAUUGUCAUGCAUAAUUAAGAAGCUAAAGUGCCUGGAAGCUUGGCGGUGUGACUUCCUUGUAGGGCUUCACUCUGGAAUGAAGGCUAUGUCACGGAAGACCAUGAAUUCCAUCGUUGAGAAGUUUCGUUCUGGAGAGCUGAAUCUUCUGGUUGCAACUAAAGUGGGUGAAGAAGGACUUGAUAUACAGACUUGUUGCCUUGUAAUACGGUUUGAUUUACCAGAAACUGUUGCAAGUUUUAUACAAUCUAGAGGUCGCGCACGCAUGCCUCAAUCAGAAUAUGCAUUUUUGGUAGACAGGGGAAACCAGAGUGAGCUACACUUGAUUAAUAAUUUUGUGUCUGAUGAAAAUCAGAUGAACAAAGAAAUUACAUGUAGAUCAUCCCUAGAGACAUUUGAUUUUCUGGAAGAAUCAACAUAUAAGGUUGAUUCUACUGGUGCCUCCAUCACUGCUGGAUAUAGUGUUUCACUACUCUACCAUUAUUGUUCCAAACUCCCUCAUGAUGAAUACUUCAACCCUAAACCAGAAUUCUUUUAUUUCAAUGAUUCAAGUGGAACAGUAUGCCACUUAAUCCUUCCAUCUAAUGCUGCAAUUCAUCAAGUUGUAAGCAUGCCCCAACCAUCAAAAGAAGCAGCUAAGAGAAAUGUCUGCCUCAAAGCAUGCAAGGAAUUACAUCUAGUAGGUGCUCUGACAGACCAUCUUCUGCCAGGUCAAGAUGGUGGAAAGGCAGAAGGAUUGUUCUUAACCUCUUCAGGAUCUGAGAUCUCUGAAGGCUUAACCACACCGCAGAGCUGUGAAGAAGAGGGUGAUCAAAGAGAACUUCAUGAGAUGCUAAUACCUGCUGCAUUUAGAGUACCUUGGACUAAUUUGGAGGAUCGUGUCACUCUUAACUUUUAUUUUUUAAGGUUUAAUCCUGUUCCUGAGGACAGGGUGUAUAAAAAAUUUGGUCUAUUUGUAAAAGAAGCUCUCCCAAUAGAGGCUGAAAAUAUGGAGGUUGACCUUCAUCUAGCUCAUGGUAGAAACAGAAUCGUAAAGACAAAGCUUUGUCCUUUUGGGGUCAUUGAAUUUGAUCAAGAAGAGAUGAAACAAGCAGAAUAUUUCCAGGAGUUGUUUCUCAAGCUCAUCCUCAACCGCUCAGAGUUGUUUCCUGAUUUUGUUCCCUUGGGAAAGAAUGAUUCCUCUCAAGCAAGCUCAUCAACUUUCUAUCUGUUGCUUCCUGUCAAGCAGCAUGAGUACAAGGAGAAAAUGACUGUUGAUUGGGAGAUUGUUAAAAGAUGCUUAUCUUCUCCUGUUUUCAGAGUUCAAAUAAAUGGAGCUGAUAGUGAUCAUCUUUCUGUGAGCAACUCAUUAAGACUUGCUAGUGGUCCCAGAAGGAUAUCUGACAUCGUGAACAGCUUAGUGUACUGCCCUCACAGAAAGCUUUUUUUCUUUGUAGCUGGCAUUCUUCCUGGAAUAAAUGGAUACAGCCCUUUUCCUGGAUCACGAUAUUCAAGCUAUUCAGAGUACUAUAUUCAAAAGUUUGGCAUUCAUCUAUCAUAUCCUGAACAGUCUCUUCUGAAGGCAAAACAGCUUUUCCGUUUGAACAACUUACUACACAAUCGGUUGCAAGAGAAUGCAGAGCCACGAGAGGUAAAAGAGCACUUUGUGGAGUUACCUCCAGAACUUUGUUCACUGAGGAUAAUAGGCUUCUCAAAAGAAAUUGGGAGUUCAUUGUCCUUGUUACCAUCAAUAGUGCACCGGUUAGAAAAUUUUCUUGUGGCAAUUGAAUUGAAGGGCAUAUUAUCUGCUUCAUUCCCAGAGGCAUCUGAGGUUACUGCACAUCGUAUAUUAGAAGCACUCACUACAGAGAAUUGCUUGGAGAGAUUUUCUCUUGAAAGGCUUGAAAUUCUUGGUGAUGCUUUUCUCAAGUAUGCAGUUGGUAGAAGCCUUUUCUUGUCAUAUGAAGCACUUGAUGAAGGGCAACUGACCGGGAAGCGUUCUAAUAUUGUAAAUAAUUCUAAUUUGUACAAGCUUGCAACUCAAAGAAACUUACAGGUAUAUAUACGUGAUCAAGCAUUUAAUCCCUGCCAGUUCUUUGCAUUAGGGCAUCCUUGCCCUGUGAUCUGCAAUAAGGAGAUAGAGAAAACUAUUCAUUCUCAACAAGAAAGAUGCAAUAAGAACCAUCAUUGGUUACAGAGGAAGACAAUUGCUGAUGUGGUGGAAGCUCUUGUUGGAGCAUUUAUUGUCGAUAGUGGUUUAAAGGCUGCAACUGCAUUCCUGAGAUGGAUUGGUAUUCAAGUGGAUUAUGAAGCUUCACAAGUUUCUAAGUUUUGUACUGCAAGCAAGGGCUUCAUGUCACUAGCUGAUUCCAUUGAUGUUGGUGACCUGGAAAAAUCAUUGGGUCACCAUUUUCUGCAUAAAGGUCUGCUUCUCCAGGCAUUUGUACACCCUUCUUAUAACAAGCUCUCAGGAGGCAGCUUUCAGAGACUUGAAUUCCUUGGAGAUGCUGUCCUGGAUUACUUAAUUACAUCCUAUCUGUACUCAGUUUAUCCAAAGCUGAAGCCUGGCCAGCUGACUGAUUUGAGGUCAUUGUCUGUAAGCAACAUUUCCUUUGCUGAUGUAGCAGUCAGCAGAUCGUUUCACAAGUAUCUCAUUUAUGAUUCUGAUAGUCUCUGUAAGGCUAUCAAUGAAUAUGUCAAUUUUAUUCAGAGAUCUGCUUCAGAAAAGAGCCAACUUGAGGGGCCAAAGUGUCCAAAGGUACUUGGCGAUUUGGUUGAAUCUUGUGUGGGUGCUAUCCUUCUUGACACUGGGUUGAACUUAAAAAAUGUUUGGAAAAUAAUGCUUUUGUUUUUGGAUCCAAUUAUGAGCUUUUCUAGCCUGCAACUUAACCCUGUCAGAGAACUCCAAGAAUUUUGCCAAUCUCACAACUGGAAGUUAAAAUUUCAAUAUUCAAACAUGGGAGAAAAGUUCUUAGUUGAGGCACAAGUGAAUGGGAAAGAUAUCUGUUUGACUAGUUCUGCAAUUAAUAUCAACAAAAGAGCUGCUCAAAAGAUGACUGCACAAAAAUUAUUUUCAAAAUUGAAGGUUAUGGGUUACAAGCCCAAGAGUUCGUUGGAGGGCAGCCUAAGGUCAACCAAGAAGCAGGAGGCCAAGCUUAUUGGCUAUGAUGAAACACCUAUUGACGUUAUUUUUCCAGACCUGGAUCCUAUGGAGGUACCAGAAGCUUCUAUGUAUUCCCGUGAGCAAACUUCUGAAUUUGUAGCCAUUACUAGUCAACCACCAUUAAAAUUUGAAACAUCUAGAGAGCAUUAUAACGAGAACAGUGAAAACAGUGGUACGGGGGAGCCACAGACUUCAGGUACCGAACAGAAUGCAACAGCAAAAUCUCGUUUGUAUGAGAUUUGUACAUAUAAUUACUGGAAAUCUCCAAUUUUUGAAUGCUAUAAAGAGGAGGGGUUAGACCACUUGAAGCAGUUUACAUUCAAGGUGGUUGUGGAGAUAGAAGAAGCCGCAGAUUUAAUUUUAGAGUGCUUUAGCUCUCCUCAUGCCAAGAAAAAAGCUGCAGCAGAACAUGCAGCAGAAGGGGCACUAUGGUAUUUGCAGCAGCAAGGAUAUUUGUGCAAGGGUGAUUAAUCAUCACUAAAAUUGAGUUUUUGUAAUAUUUUUGUCAUUGGUCCUCUGUAAAAUAGAAAGAACAGUGGGCCAUGAGAAUCUGUAUAUUUUGAAAAAAGGGUAAUGUAUUGUUGUAUUAAUCAGAAUCAAAAGACGUUUCUGUACAAUGAGAACCUGUACGCUACACAAGUAUCCAUCCCUCAAAAAAAAUAGUUGCAGCCAAAAAAGAAGAGUUCAUUAUCCUUGAA